AUGAUGGUAGUCAUCUUCUUUUGGAGUAUUACUUUUUACAGCCUGCAUUUUGUCAGACUCAAUACCAAAUAUGUGUCUCUUUGUUUGGCUAUACUCUGUCUGAUAUAUCAAGAUAAGAUAUCAUUCUCUUACAGAUCUUUGUUACUCAUCAUAUUGUUUGUCUCGCCAUUGCUACUCAUUUCCAUUGAGUCUCAUCAUCUCUUAAUCGAACAUGAUGUUAUGUCUGAUAUUAUGCAGGAAGACAAUGUAUCUCUAUUCAAAGACUACUGGUAUUGUCUUGAUAAUUCUGAAGAACAUGUUUAUAUCAAUUUUAUGUCAAGUCUUCUCCGUCUUCAUUCCCGCUAUUAA